AUGAAAUCUAGACGAACCCAUUAUGAAAUACUGAAUGUUACAUCUCAAACCCAACUGUCAGGAAUAAAGCAGGCAUAUAAAGAAUUACUACUCAAUACACAUCCUGACAAAAUUCAAUCAAAUAAUACUUCUAAGAUUAAUAAAAUACAUAGUCUCGAUGAUAUUAAAGAAGCAUAUAGGGUACUAGGGGAUGAAAAACUAAGAAAACAGUAUGACACAGAACUAUUAGAAGACGGAAAGAGAAAAGGUAUAUAUAAGUUCGGAGAUGGGGUUGAUGAAGUUUCAUUAGAUACUUUUGAAACUGUAGAACAUACACCUAAUGAUGGAGAUGAAUUAGAUGUAUGGCACUACUAUAGAAAAUGUCCCAGAUGCCAAGUCGCGGAUGGGUUUAAACUAGACGAUAAUCUACUUGAAGAAUUUGCCGUGGUUUGUGAAAACAGAGAUGACGGAAUGUAUCAAGUUCUGAUUCAGUGUGAUUCAUGUAGUUUAUGGCUAAAAGUUCAAUUUUUUGCGGCGGAUGAGGAAGAAGAGGAUUGA